AUGCCUUUCUCUUCCUUUCACUUCCUUAUAUUCCCAGAGUCUGACAGCACCAUCUGGGACCAGAUAGAAUCAUUCGAUGCUGGCAAAAAGGCCACGAUUUGUGGUCCGCCGGGAUGCACUAUUGCUGGCCAGACGAUAGUUGAAACAGUCUUGAUUAGUGGCCAAGAGAAUAUUUUAACUUUAACAUUACCAAGAAUUAUACCAGAAAGACUGGGUUUAAAAGUAGGGAAUAUCGAGGCAUUAUGCUUUCCAUCUCGUCCUUGCUGUAUCAAGGAGCGAGCACAAGAUUUUGCAAAAGGUCAGAAACUGCACGUCUCUCAUGGACAUCUCACGAGUAAUUGGCUGCAUACCAAUUUAUGGUUCCGCACCAAGAAUGUCAUACAUUCGAUUAGCCUUGACCAAACUAGCAAUUCUCUGGCAGUCUAG